AGAUUUCAUUUUCAUAUUGUGGUGACACUGUUUGCGUCGUCUUCUAAAUCGCAAAUUACAAGUAAAACUAAAGAAAUAGAAAAUAGCACAAGGGAAAAGAAAAAAAAGAAACACAAAUAUUAAAAUGAGUUCAAAGUUAUUAUUCGCAUGCUCCAAAUGUUUUUCUCGGCACCCAUACGAAGAACUUUCCUCGGGCCAGCAGCUUUGCAAGGUGUGCCGUGGUUCUACCUCAGUAGUUAAAUGUACUUACUGCCGCUCGGAAUUUCCCUCCGCCUCCAAGUCACAGAGUGCCUGUAAAAAAUGCGAACACUAUCUGAGCAAAUAUGGCAAACCCAACGCCUGCGAGUGCUGCAAGAUCGUUGCUGCCUUCGGUAGCUCCAAAUGCAUGAGAUGCGCCAGCUACGAGGCCAAAUACGGACCGCCCACACAAUGCGACGAGUGCAAGCUGCGAUCGGCCUUUGACAGGCGCGACGAGAACAAAAAGGUCAAUGGAAAAGUCCUGUGCUGGCUAUGUACCUGCGCCUACAAGCGUGCCCUGCUGAAAGCGCAACAGGAGGGCCGAAUAUCCAUGGCCAAGAAGCGACCACACGAAAAGUCCUCGUCGUCGGCGCACAGAGAGAGUCACGCGGCCGUCAAGAAAUCGACGCGUGGCGGUGAUCUUUCCAAAGGCGCUGGUGGCAAUCCCAAUGCUGGCAGCGUGACUGCUGUGAGUGGUGCCGGCCUCGAUCUGCCCGAUAAGAUGUCGCGUGGCAAUAGCGGGAAUGGCACAAUUGCGGCACCAGCUGCCAUCACAGUGGACACUAACUCAUCGGAUCACGUGGUGGCCAUUACAUAUCUGAAGGAGCGCAUUGCCAGUCUGGAGAAGCGCUUGAAUCAAAAAGACAAGGAACUCCUGGAGAAGGACAAACAAUUGACGGAGCUGAAGGGCAAAAACUUUGAGAAGGAGAACGAAAUGCGCAAUAGACUGAAGGAAGUCGAGCGAAUCCAUGACAUGAAGGUGGAUACUUUAAAUCGCAAGGUUACCGGCCUCCAGAAGGACUUGGCCGUGAUGAAAAAGAGCAACAAUAAGAAAGCGGCCAGCGCCAGUAAAGCUGAAAAGGAUGCGAUCAAACGUGAAAACCUAUCGCCCAAAGAAGAGCUCGUCGCUGCUGCGCCCGAGAAGCAAAUCAAGCGGGAGUCCGAGCGUGACCUGGACAAGGAUGAGAAGAGUCGAGAUCGCGACGAGGAGCGCAGCGAGCAUGACCGUGGCAGCGUCCAUUCACGUUCCGGUUCCAGCAGUCCCUCGUCGAACUGAACGCACAUCUAACCCAACGAUCAUCAUUCACAGCUGAUACACACACAGACACACACACACAUACCACACACUGACACAAUUCGAUGUGUUGUGCCGUGUGUGUAUUUGUUGUAAUGAUUUUUAGUUUGUCGCUACACACACACACACACAAACACAUUUAGAUAUUACAUACUUUCUUUAAUUGUAACAUAAUUAUUACAAUAUUGUUUCAUUCUACAUUUUUAUAUGUCAUUACUCGCUAAUUUCCUUUCCUCAAAUUCAAGCUGUUCUCAUCUGUUUUGUUCUGCUUUCAUGCAUGGUAUUUCAUCGAUUAGAAAAUGUAAUUAUAUAGGCUCAACUUAAAACAAUUGUCUUUAGUUUAAUUAUUUGCCCAGAUGAAAACACACAAAACGAGAGCAUUGUUUAUAAACUUAAGAAUUAUAUAGAAGUUGGGAACACGAAAACGAUUAAAA